AUGGACAUGAAGAUCAAGAUCUCCCUUGCCAUCCUUCUAUUUGCUGCCUUGAUGAGUGUGGUCUUGGCUGAUAAUAAGGAAGCUCAUCCCCCGAAGCACUCAGGCGGGGCACAUGCCCCGAAGCACUCAGGCGGCGCCCAAGCCCCAAAGCACUCAAGCGGUGGCAUGCAUGCCCCAAAGGGAGCAGCUUCUGCCCCAGAGGGCACAGCUUCAGUCUCAGCUGAAGCUCCUGCCGCGGCCAAGGAUUCCGCUUCAGCCCCGCAAGCAUCAAGCAGUACUACCCCCACUACAUUGUCCCUUGUUGGCUCUUUGGCUGGUGCCUUCCUUUCAUUUUUCUUUGUCUAUUACUUGCAAUACUAA